GUGAGAAAUUUAUACCUGGUAAUCAUCAUGCAGACGACAUGAACGCGAACAAACGAGAAAUGAUGUCUGGAAUCUUUUUUCAAGUGAAAUCCAUUUCACUCUUCAAGCUUUUUGUGAUUAUUAUCGUAUUUUUGGGUACUAAUGCCAAUACCAAUGGAAAUUUCUAUCGGGAAAUUACAACAAAUUUCUACCCACAGAACAAGGGGACUAUUUCAAACCACACGGUUGAAUCAGAUAUUGAGUGCGCAUUAUUUUGCAGUCGCUUGGAUGACUGUUUUGGAUUCGGUUUCAGAUCUGAAAUUAUGAAAAAAGAGGAGAUAAUGAACUGUCAGUUGGUUAAAUGCUAUGAGGCCGUCAAUAUUCAUGGGAUCCAUUAUAGUGGAUCAGCUUUAUGGACAUUUUUUCAAACAAUUACCUUAUAUGGGUCAAAAGAAAAUCCUGGACGAUCUUGUGAAGAUAUUUUGAUGAAAAGAUGCAGAGACGAUAUUAGUGAUGGGGUGUACUGGAUAACUGUGGGAACAAAUAUCGAUCAACCAUUUCCAGUUUAUUGCGAUAUGGAAAACGGUGGUUGGACUCUUGUGUUCAAAACGAUUGCUGGAGAAUCAGAAGUGAUCGGGAAUAUUUGGAAAGAUUCUCUUACAUAUGAAGAGUCUUCACUUGAAGCCCUCAAUAAAAGAAAUUCCUUUAAAAAAUAUUACAAAAACAGAAUUUUGCAAAAUUGGACGAUGUUUAAUCCUAUCGAGGUUCGUAUGGUACUCUAUAGCCAAACUAAAGAACAAGUCGUAUUGAAAUUUAAUGCCAGUGGCACAAGCAAGAUGGACUGGUUCCGUGUUCACCGCCUACAACACUCUCCAUGGCAAGAUGUUCUUUCAACUACCAAGGACUACUUCAGCAUAAAUGCGUUUUGUUCUCAAGGACGUUGUCGAUCGUUUUACAUUAACAGAAAUCAUGGUGGUUGCGAAAAUGAUGCAGGCUGGCUUAUGAUUGGUGGUUUAACAGGCUGUGGUUGGGAAAACAGAUUUCCAGAAAACUGUUUUCUCUAUAGUAACAGUGGAACCUAUGCGAACUGGAACCAUUAUGAUAAAAUUGGUACAGCUGAAGUGUUUGCUGUUUACCUUCGAUGAAAAUAGUCACUCACAGAAUAUUAUCACCGCACAUCAGUGAUGCUUGGAAACAGUGCUGUAGAACUAAAUUUACCAGAGGAGAGGGGGGUUCUCUUGACGAGGGUGGAGCCGUGGUGACGUCAUUCUGUGUCAGACGCACUUUUUUUGACAUUUUUACAAUACAGUGCACUUAUAUGGAAAUACUUUUUCCAAAAAUAUAUAUGUAAAUAUAAAACACUAGUUGGCUGGCUGCGCCUGCGAUAAUCACAGCAACUCCCCAAGACUCGCACUGAAAGUACUUAGUGUAAAUUUCAACCUAGCUAAGAUGAACAUAGGAGAGUAAAAAGAUAUCGAUUUUUAAGAAUGUCAUUUUGA